AUGCUGGACAUUUCGCACCGCGAGUCUUCUGCGACGCGGGCAUGCCUGUGCUCCCUGAGCGCGAUGUUUUGCAACCUGGAGCUAGGCAGGAGAAUACGUAUCACACGGCCGCGGCUGCUGGGCGUGAGCGCUAGCUGGUCGGGUCGGCGGACUUCCUGGAUACAAACAUCUUCGACGCCCUCGACCCGAAAGACCCGUCGCCGCACAACAUCUGCUCGGAGACGCACAACGACGAGGAGCCGGUCACCUGCGCCCCAGUGGGGCCGAGCGGGGUGUGGAAGUCAUGGCGAGGACUGGUUCGGGAAGCUGUGGAAGGAGCAGCGCGAGUGGCUCGACGACGUCGUGCCCGCGUCGACGGCAGAGUGGCGGAUCGUGGUGACGCACUUCCCGCCGUGCUGGGGCGCGCCGGACUGGAAGAAGCUCGCCCCGAAGCACGAGUUCGACCUGGUCAUCGCGGGUCACCGGCACAUCCAGGACCCCGACAUGCAUGCCCCCGGCGACGAGCGGAAGACGGUGUGGCACGCAGAUCCGAACGAGAGCUGUACAAUGAUUUCCUCGAUCCCACUGUCUGGGUCGUCUCUGGCGGUGGCGGUGGCGUGA